GCUCUUGCUCGAAUCCCAUACGGCUGGGUCUAGAGGAUGGUCGCAUUCAGGAUUCACAAAUCUCAGUGAAAAGUUCCGCAUCAACACUAUUGGGUGGAAAAGCUGGUCGUCUCAAUCUUCCAAAAACACCCGGUGUUUCUUCAGGAGCAUGGCGUGCUAUACAUGGAGAUAAUACCCCUUGGAUACAAGUGGAUUUCUUGCGACCAGUGACGGUUACUGGAGUUAUCACACAAGGCCGUAUUAAUAAUGAUCAAUGGGUGAAGACGUUUAAAGUGAAAUACAGGGAUGAUGCGAGUAUGACAUGGAAACAGGAUUCGAAGGUUUGUAGCUUUUGCGAAGUUGAUCAAGGGGCUUGGAACGAGGUUUUAAAAAGUACCAAAUUUAGAAAUUUGGAAAGACGAUUUGAAACUUAGGCCCAUAGAUAUCUUAUAUACACCAGAUAGCGCAUCUCUUUAUGUAAAAUUGAAGCCAAGAAUAUUCCAGCGGUUACCCUAUUUGAAUAGAUGGCGGCCAUGUUGGAGUUUCCCACUCGCUAAUAAACGCUUAAAAAACAACAAUAACUUUCAUCAUUUGAACAGUUUGAAAAUGUAUUUGAAAUACGUUUAACUUAAUGUUUAAGUCCCCUGUUUAAGAAAUAGAAAACAUACGAGUCUUCUCAUUUCAUGGGAAUAUCUUGAGUCUGCAAUCACGGCUUCAAUUUUUGAAUUGCAGAAUAAUUAGGUGCACUAUCUAGUGUAUAUAAGAUAUCUAUGCUUAGGCCCCGUUUACAUGAGAGCGGGACGAAGUGAAACCGGAAUGAAAAUUAAAAUUAUCAUCAUGUUUACAUGAGACCGGUACGAUAAUCACAAAAUUUUCAAUUUAUUCCCCUUGCCAAGUAAUUUUCGUUUUUAGAUGGCUUUUGUUAGCAUGUGUUGUUCCAAUGUCAAGGUUACAGCCGAGACCGGUCUGAAAUGUAUUUGUGUUUACAUUCAUCCCGGUCUGAAUUCAUCCCGGUCUGAAGUCAGACCGGUUUGAGUUAUUUUCGUUCUGGUCUCAUGUAAACAUCUAUUAUAAACAAUACUAUGACCGAAACGAAAUGGUCCCGGUUUGACUUCGUUUUGGUCUCAUGUAAACGGGGACUUAGUACCUAGUCAAAGUUUAAUCAUAUUUGCACUGAAAGGGUGGGAAAAAGAAGCUUUCAAAAAUUGCGAGAAUUGCCAUAAAGUAAGCCCAUCGCGCUUCACGCGAAAAGCGUAUGUGACCUUUUUAAAGCAAGAUGCAAAUUCCAAAGGAAAAUGGCACCCGUGCCGAAUUUUCCUAUGCUUGGACUACUUUUUUACAAACAGGUUUGCUACCUAGAGAGUGAAAAUGACAUAGUAGUAGUAGAUUUGUUUAAAUAUUUCCGUAAUUCAUUGGUUUAUGUAUUUUUUUAGGUUUUUAAUGGUAACGUUGACAGAAAUACACCAAGGGAAAAUACUCUUACAACACCAGAAACGCAUCGUUUCUUUCGUAUAUAUCCGAAAUCGUGGAAAAAUUAUUGCUCCAUGAGACUGGAAUUUGUUGGUUGCUAUAUAGGUAAUAAUGGACGACUUGCGCUUUAGAAAAAUUUUUAAUCUGGGAAUAACAAAGGAUAUUUUUGGAAAGAAGUUAUCAAAAUUAGAAAAACUGCAAACUUUGGUUGCGAAAUGUUGUAAAAUACGGAAAAUAUAGCCCCGCGAAGUUGGCAAAUUUGUAUACAUUUCUAUUACGUGCGGAAAUUGGUAACUAAUUUAAGCCCCGUUUACACUAUGCUCGAUUUUUGGUACCGUAUCACUUUUUUGGUUCUUGGAAUACCUAAAUAGGUAGUCCAAGAACCAAAAAAGUGGUACGGGUACCAAUUAAAUCCGUGCCGUACCAAACAUUGAGCGUAGUGUAAACGGGGCUUUAGUUACCAAUUCAGGCACGUAAUACAAAAGUAUACAAAUUUGCCAACUACUUUGAAGGGCUAUAUUUUCCGUAAUUUACAACAUUUCGCAACCAAACUUUGUAAUAUUACUAAUUCCAAGACGCGUUUUCUAGCUGUGUUGAUAGAUUUCGUUGUUCUUACUUAGAUUAAAAUUUAGUCUAAAGCGCAAGUCGUCCAUUGUGAGGUCAAGACGACUACCACGUGCACUGCCAUUAACCAAUCAGAUGCGUUGAAUGCAUCCGAUCAACCAAUCACAUGCGUAUACUAAGUCAGUGAAAGGUAGCGGUGGUGGAAGGGAUAGAUCCAGCCAGAUAUGAUGGGGUGUGGGGUGUGUGUGUGUGCAGGGACGCCGGAACGAUAAUAGGGCAAAGGGGGGCGGACGCACACCAAGGGCACCUCUACUGAAAAAUUUUUUUUUCACUGCAAAAUUUUUUGGCGACCUCCCUCCCCCCGUCGCCAAAAAAAUGUCGGUCAGUGUACCAUUUUAGGGGUCCAAAAUUUUUUCCGGACAUACCAAAAUUUUCCGUGAAGUCAAAAAUUUUUCCGGAUACCCUAAAUUUUCGCCAUUUCUUCAAAAUAUUUUUCUAAAUUCCAAAAAUUUUCCAACAUUUUCCAAAAUUUUUAUAAAUAUAAACUAUAAAUUACCUGAAUCUCAUGAUUUUCCUACAAAAACCAUCGUUGGAAAUGUGAUUUAUCACGUAUUAUUUUACAACUAAAAGGGCACUUCUGCCCCCCCCCUGCCCCCCCCUUAGCAAAACGCAAGGGGGGUAGCCGCCCCCCCUGCCCCCCAGUUCCGGCGUCCCUGUGUGUGUGUGCUCAUCGACCCACGGUCAUGAUUUGGGGUGCGUCCGUUGACUAAGUUCAUAAUCAUUUGGAGCUAUACGCACAACAGUGUUUGCUGGAAUGGCCGAAACUUUGCCCCUUGAAGGGUUCAUGCAGGAGUAUUAUUGUGGUAAUGGUGACAGGAUAUUGCCUUUCCAAAUUAAGCAAAAUGGAUUUGAUAAAGAAAUUAGCACCCCCUGGCACUUCUCGGCAGAGCUAAAGGGAGCGCGCACCCUCUCCCCAUCCCCUGCACCCCUUCCCCUGCAUCCCCUCCCCUGCACCACCAGUAAACAGUAGUAGUGGAAGUCAACUAUAGUAGUGGAAGUCAACUUAACUUUUGUUUUGUUUUGUUUUGUUUUGUUUUGUUUUGUUUUGUUUUGUUUUCCAGUAAAUUCCCACCCUCCAGGCUUCGAGUAGACUUCGCUCAGAGACCACUGUUUUAUUCUGUACAAAUAAUAAUAAUAUCGUUUGUUUAAGCAAGAUAUGUAGCCCGGUUUAUGAAUACAACUUUAGCGACCUCAAGCAUGUACUAUACGGGAACGCGACGUCGUAGCCUGCUAGCAGAGAGCCUGCUCGCAGGCUAGCGACGUCGACGUACGGCAAACAAACUCGUUGAGCCAAACGAUUGUGGAAGAAAACUUGCCGUCCAUUAUCCAUCGUAUGAAAAAUACUUACUAGCACAGUUUAAGAAGGGCCAAUGAUUGAGAAAAGUUCUAGGACCCACUUGAAAGUAGCAGUUGUCCCAGCUUGAAACAUAAUACAAGACGCGCACGAUCCGUCUUUUGCCGUUGUAAACAGAGCGACGGCGGCGUCUAAAACUCCCCGAUGAGAUUUUAAUUGUUAAUUUCUGCUCAUUUUCUUGUAUUUGGUAAUAUCAUAUUCAUAGCCGUCCUCGUUGUACUUUUGUCCUGCUUGUCGAAGUCAUUAUUUGUUAUUAAUAACAGUAGUCCUUUAUAAUUUUAUAAGUGUAAAAUUAUCUGUUUCUUCUCACGUGUCCGUACUAGAUUAAGCCUUGCUUUGGCGUACCUCUGGUACGUAGGUACGCGAAUUAUCGUGUCGCGUUAAACUGUUUGGUCACUUAUUCUUAGGCUGUCGAGAUGGUGCACCACUCGGGUUUGCGAAUGGCCUUAUUCAUGCCUCGCAAAUAACUGCGUCGUCCUACAAUGCCCCUAUGACGGCACCGCAGUUUGGAAGAUUAGUGGUGGAUCAACAAAUGAAUUGGGACUGCUGGCGUAGUGCUGGAGACGAUUCUGACCCGUGGUUUCAAGUCGACUUCAUUGCCAAAGUUAUCGUGGAAGAAGUGCAGACGCAGGGACGUGAGAAUACGAAAACGUGGACGAAAACUUACAAGCUGCUCUACGGUGACGAUGGCUAUGAUUUUACGGAAUAUAGUGAAAAUGGUGUGCCAAAG